UGCGGGAUUGCUGCAGCCGCUCGAGCCACCCAGCCGACCCUGGCAACAAGUGACGAUGGAUUUCGUCUCUAGCCUGCCAGCUGGUUUAAGCGGCAACGACGCGAUUCUCGUCGUCGUUGACCGGUUGACCAAAAUGGCCCACUUCGCCGCCUGCAAGAAGACGAUUACUGCCGAGCAGAUAGCGAAACUGUUCCUUACGAACAUUGUGCGGCUACACGGCAUCCCUUCGGCAAUCAUGAGCGAUUGUGACCCACGAUUCACGUCCAACUUUUGGACAAAAACCUGGCAGCAGUACGGCAGACGUCUACAUCUGUCCACGGCGUACCAUCCGCAAUUGGAUGGCCAGACUAAGCGCACCAAUCAGACGAUGGAGCAGCUGAUUCGCACGACAUGCACAGACACGGCCCAAUGGGAAGAUGCCCUUCCCUUGAUCGAGUUUGCGUACAACAAUGCCCCAUCGGUCACGACUACUCAGUCUCCGUUCUUCCUUAAUCACGGGAUAGAUCCGACAACCCCUCUAUCAUCACCAAUAGAAAUCCGGCACCAAGAUCUCAGCAAUUCGCGGGGGUAUUAGAGGCCGCCACCGAGUCAGCACUCCCGCUGACUGGCUAGUUGGCGGCACGGCAAUCAUCCAGAGAUGCAAGCUUAUCCACUCGACGCAUAUCUAAGCUCCCUUCUGUCUGAAAGGAUUCCCUGGUUCUCUGGAUAUCAUUACAAGAGGAUCUAUCUGAGUGAGAGCCUCACACGCACACACUCUCUCCCUCUCUCUCUUUCCCUCGCCCAUUCGCGCUGCCUAUUUCGAGCUGACUAAUCUUGCUUGCCUCGCUUACCGUCUCGAAUGGGAAAGAGAGUGCGUAAUUCUCCAUACUUCUCGUGCCUCCGUCCGAUCAACUGCCCGCCGAUCUCACAAAAGAGGCUCUUACUCGCGGCCCGCCGCGAAGGAGUAACAAGCGAAGGAGUACCACGUUUUAUCGAAGAGCUUUCAAGAAACGCCACUAGUACCA